ACAGAGCCGUCGUUGGAAUUUGCUCGAACGACCCAUAAGGACUUUAUUGGAGCAAUCUACUUCACGGAAAGCUUGUAUGAUAUUCACGGAUAUCGAGUAUAUCCAAAGUCAUCAACGCAAUAAAUUGCGGGAUACGAUAAUGAUGCGAUUCCCUUGCACACCACGACUGUUCUGGUCGAGAACGUGUUCGCUUCACAAUGGUUUCUUUGGUUGUGACUACUCCCUACCCCCAGCCACAAUUCCAUACUCGACCCAUUUCCGCUUGGCUGUCAAAACUCCGAAGAAUGAAGGCUUACCAGACUAUGAUUCUCCAUAUGGUGGGUUAUCCUACGAAUGGUCAGAAAUGGGAUUCUUGUCUAUUUCGACCCCAGGCUGGAACAUUAUGCUCUGCUUCAACGUACCCAAGAGCUUCAUUUCUCGGUUGCAGACCAAUCUGCCGACGAUGUUACAAGACUCACAAGGGCGGUACGCUCUGCAUGUACCACUGCUGGAGCAGCUCGCUGUGUCAUUCGAUACAAGUAUUGAGUACAUCCAGGGUACGGUCGCGAGCAUAGAAAAGGAUCUCACGGAUUCAGCAAGCAUAAGUAGCGAGAGCAACAGCACAGGAGCAUCGUUUGUGCAACAACGGAAAAGUCAACUAGCGGCCAUAUUUGAAAUUUCUCGCCACGCAACUCAACUGGUGGAAACCACACAAAUUGCCGCAGACACCGUCGAGCGCAUGAAAGUUGAGUGCGAGGCCUUUGCUGCAACACAGAAAGGCGCAACGCUGUCUUCGCGAGCUCGCAGACUGGCAUUCGUACAUAGCAUGAUUCGAGGUUUGUCUGCACGUGCUGCGACCAACGAGAAGAGGUUAGCCAACGAGCAGAAUAUGCUAUCUAACAUGAUAUCGCUACAUAACAGCGAAGCUUUACAAAAAUUGGUCGUUGCUAACGCAGAUUCGGCUUAGAACAGCUUUGAACAUCGAGUCGAGCUCGUUCGAAAGGAUUCGGGUCACUCAACUCGUCUAGAUGUAUCCAGGGCAGAAAGACAGUGCACCAAGCUAAUCAAGUCUGCUAUCAGAAGCACACAGCGAAGAGAGCAGCUUAACUUGCAGAAUUGACUGCUAUCAUACUGUCCGAGUGGCGGGAGAUACGGCGGCAACACACACAUUCAGAGACUCAGCCACCUGCGCUCAGGGCUGUCUUGCAUAUGUUGACUACGCCUCGAUGGACCCCAAGGAUAUCAUAUCUGCGUGAGACAGCCAG